AUGGCUAUUUCAAUUGUUCUCGUGGAUUUCGAAGGUGACCCGCUUUCUUCGCUGCUUUUCUAUCUUGCUGAAGAGAACGUGAACUGUAAUAAGUCUUUCCUAUAUAGUAGUUCUAUGUCCGUUUCUAGAUUGAAUAUUUUGGCGGAGAUGUCGGGGUUAAAAAUUGGCACUUCUCUAUUUGUUUAUCUUGGAGUUCCUAUCUUUAAAGGAAAAUCAAAAGCGGUUCAUUUACAUCUUAUUGUAGAUAAAAUCACAAAUAGGCUAUCCUCUUGGAAAUGUGCUCUUUUAUCAUUUAUUUGUUGCGUGGAGCUUGUGAAAUCUGUCAUUCAAGGUAUGCUCACCCAUUCCAUAGCUCUUUAUUCGUGGCCGAUUUCUCUUAUCUGGGAUGUGGAGUGUGCGGUGAAGAGGUUCAUAUGGAGUGGGAAAACUACUAAGAAUAAAAUCAUAAUGGUGGCUUAG